UCCACACAUCCCACACAGCCAUGACAGAACCCGAAGCUCAGCCGCUUCUCCGCUUCACAGGGCACCGCCAUCUAAGGACCCGUCUCCUGCUCGCCACCCUCACCGGUCGCGCAAUCCGGAUAUCGCAAAUCCGGUCCACAUCGCACACCCAUCCAGGCCUCACACCCACCGAGGUCUCCUUUCUACGCCUGCUCGACGCCGUUACGAAUGGCUCCUCCAUUGAGUUCUCCAUGACAGGUACGACGCUGGUAUACCGACCGGGUCUCAUCACCGGAUCCUCAGAAGGUCUAGGCGCCAUUGGAGGCGUCAUCCGGCACGAACUACAUAAGGAAUGCGCAUCGCGCGGCGUGAGCUGGUGGAUCGUUCCUCUGUGCAUUCUCUCACCCUUUAGCAAGGGCAACAUGAAUGUCGUAUUCCACGGCGAGGGGUGCGUGACGGGGGCGACACCCGCGGGCGACAUUUCCGCCGACACGGUGCGAACUGCCAUCCUCCCCUUGUACAGGAAUUUCGGAAUUGAGCGCAACAUCGAGUUGCGGAUACUAAAGAGGAGUUGUGCGCCUGGGCCUGGAAAAAGUGCGGGUGGAGAGGUGCAGCUGGUCUUCAACCACCAGGUGCGGUUACCCAAGACGCUGCAUCUGAUGAAUCCCGGACGCGUGAAACGGAUCCGAGGCGUGGCGUAUGCGGUCGGCGUCAGCGGGAGCAACAAUGCAAGAGUGAUUGAAGCGGCGAGGGGGGUGCUCAACAAGUUCGUUCCGGAUACAUAUAUCUUCUCGGACGUGUCGAGCGCGCCGCUCGUGCCGUCAAAUGACAAGAACAACCCUGGUGGAAAGAAGAAGGGUGCCGUAGGGUUUGGCAUCAGCCUGGUGGCGGAGUCGUCGACGCACUGCCUCUAUUCGGCGGACAUGUCGAGCCCGCCCACCGGCGGGACUCCGCCGGAGGACAUUGGCAAGCAGGCCGCCUACCAGCUUUUGGAAGUCAUAUCUCAAGGUGGAUGCGUCGAAAAGUCCGCCGUGGAGACGAUGGUGUGCCUCAUGGCCAUGGGCUCAGAGGAUGUGGGCCGGUUGGCCAUGGGAAGGGACGUGGUUGGGAGUGAAGACGUGAUUCAGCUGGGUCGGGAUCUGAGCGAGUUUGGGGGAAGCGGAUGGGGGUUGCGAGAUGCCGGGGAAGGCAGGGACGACUUGAUUGUCAGUGUAGUGGGCAGAGGCGUGGGCAACGUGGGCAGGAAGGUGGCGUAAGCUGGUGGAGAGGAGUUGUAAAGUCUGGUCGGUUGCACGAGUGGGUGAUUUUACUGAAUCAGUGGAGGUUUGCAUAGCACUUGAUACCCAACAUGCACGUUUCAUGUCAAUUGUUAUUUCUGGGGCUAUGGUUUCGAAUCACCCUUCCCAUGGUCAAGACCAUCCUGCUCUUGAACCCUGCAUGACGAC